UUCAGUAAUACUUAGUAAAUUGUAUUGUAUCAUAAAAAAAUGUCUUUUUUUUCAUUAGUUUUGACACCAAAUGAUGUGAAUUCGUGUAUAAAUAUGUUUCGACAACAUACAGAGACUUUAUGUCCCAAAUGUGGUAUCAAUAAAACUGUAAAAGUAAAAAAGACUUUACGUCUAACCAUGGCUGUUAUAGAUAUUGAUUAUGGAGCAUUUAUUAGACGACCAAUGGACUGGCCAUUUGAAUAUGAGACGCCUCAAUUUGUGUUGAACAACAGAUUUAAAUUCACUUUAAAAAUGAAAUCAUCCGCAAACGAACAAGAGGUAAUAAUAUGUCACUUACAUGAAGGCAAUAAAUACCAAUCAAAUAUAGAUGUACAAUUAGAUUCUGGAUCAAGUGUUGUGUUUUCUUGUCAACAAACAUGUAGCAUACAUCUUAGUGGUUAUUACUUGAAUUGAAAAUGAUGUUAAAUUGGUUUUAUAAAUUAUACAUUAUACAUCAUAUUAUUAUUUAUUACUAAUAAAAGCUAUUUGAAGUAUAUAUAUGAUUAAUAAAAUUAUUAAAAUAUAAAUUAAUAACUGUUUUUCAAAUUAUCAUUGCCAAUCUUUGCUUUCAAUUGUUUUGUAAUAAAAUAAUGUAUUAAUAUAAUAUAAAACUGACUUAAUAACCUAUCAAACCUAUAUCAUAUUCUUAUUUUUUUUUAAGUGUCAGUAAGAUAUUUGUAUAUAUUAACAUUAU